GCUGCAUUGGUCACUUUUCUUCAUCUGUUCUUUCAGCUUAUCAUUGCAUUUUAAUCAAGGAUAUUUUUCUUGAGCGUCACUGUCAGAGAACAGUAAUGUCAGCACAGAGCAGUGAAUCAGCUGUCUGCCGCAGCGGUGACCUUGCAGACAGUGGAGGUUAUCUGCCGUGUUCUGCCCCAGGGCUCGUUUCAGCUAAAUUAACCGUGGUGGUCGGAGACACUCACUUCUGCGAGGAGAAGAAGUUACUCGUCCAGAGUUGCGACUACUUUCAAGCUCUGUAUCGCUCUGGGAUGAAGGAGUGUCAGCAACAAGAAAUCCAUCUCAAGUCCCUGCGCGCUCGAGGCUUCCUUAUCGCCCUGGCAGUUUUACGAGGUGAAAUGCCAGUCCUGGACGCCGAUGACAUUGUUGAGGCCAUUGAAUGUGCUGCUUUCCUGCAGGUGGCGCUGCUUGCUAAACACCUAAUCAACCUCAUAGACUCGGACAAUUGCUUGUUGAUGUAUCACACAGCUGCAACCUUCGGCCUCAUGGAUCUUUACCAUGCGGCUGCACUGUUCAUACGAGACAUGUAUAUCGAUCUAGAGGUGGAGGUCAGGAAAACCUUGCCAUCAGAGCUGAUCUCCUAUGUGGACUCUUUGACCCCAAGUGUUUUUGUGGCUGUAGGGGCCCAUGCGACCUGUGGUUUGGAUGAAACUGUACAUGCUUCUUCCAGGACAGUCUGCUACCUGGACGAAACGGCCAAUAACUGGAAAGUCUUAACGGAUCUUCCACUGGAGGCCAGCACCUCCAUGGCUGGAGUGACCGUUUUAGACAACAACCUCUACAUCGUCGGAGGAGUUAUUGGAGUCCAUAGACAAGUCGUGGACUCUUGUUUCUGCUACAGUGUUGAAAACAACAGCUGGAGCAGGAUCACCAGUCCGGCACAGCUUCGCUACAAUCUCAGCCUUGUGGGUGCAGACGGCCGUCUUUACGCCAUUGGAGGGGAAUAUGAGCGUACAGUGAUGUCAUCUGUGGAAACAUAUGAUGUAGAGAGUGGGAGGUGGACAUUUGCUGCUCACUUACCUCGGCCGGCGGUGGGAGUGGCAUGCACAAAAGCUAUGAGAGGAAUAUUUGUAUGUUUAUGGAGGCCGAUGGAGACCACAGAGAUCUACAAGUACGUGUCAGCGAAAGACAAGUGGCUGCUUGUUACCACGCUGAUCAGGCAUCAGAGCUAUGGCCACUGCAUUGUCGGCCACAGGGACAAUUUAUACGUCAUGAGAAACGGGCCAUCUGAUGACUUCCUAAGAUGUAUGAUGGACUGUUACAAUAUAAGCUCGGGCCAGUGGUCAGCCCUACCGGGACACUUUGCCAACAGCAGAGGUUCACUGUUUACUGCUAUGGUCAGAGGUGACUCUGUGUUCACUCUCAACAGGAGCAUGACUUUGGAGUACGCCAUCGAUGCUAAAAACUGGAAGCCACGGCGGCAAAUGAAGGGUUUUCCCAGAAGUGGAUCCUUGUGGACAUUUCUGCUGCAUCUGCCAGACUCGCUCAUGUUGCACCAGUGACUUAAUUUAGUCUGGGGUUCAAUGGAAAAUCGAAAUGUUUAAACUCAGACAUUUGUUUGAUACAGAACCGUGCUUUAAUAGAUACUGUUUAUUACAUAUAUCCACAUUCAUACUUUUCUCCACCAUUUCUAUUGACCAUUGAUUAUCAGCCAUUAUAUCAAAUAAAUAUCCCAUCAACUGUUCUUUAAGAAAAACAGAAAGUUGUGAACUUCCUUUGUGAAGUCAAAGUGUUUUAUUAUCUUGGUUUAUUUUGUAGCUGGUCGACCUGGUCCAGGUUCCAGGUUUUAACUUUUUUAGAAGGAUUUUCUGAAACAUCAAUGGGAAAAUAAAUGGAACCAGGGGCUCUAAAAGUGGGUGGUCACUGUUCUGCUCCAUGCUCUCACCACAGUGUUUGCUGGGAACUAUGGGAGCAAGGUUCACAUUCCUGAUAAGUCCAACAGGGUCUGCAAAUAGUAUUUCCUGUAUUGCUGCCCUCUGUGGUUGGGGUGAGGGAAAGGCUGGGUUUUAAAUUUGGCAGGGGCAGCACAAAUUAACAGGGAAACAGACUAGGCUCUAUAAAAGAGGCUCCAUUUAUUCUUCUUGAGAGAGACGUAUCUGCACAAAAUCAAGAUGCAAGCUCAUCAUUGACACAGCAUUUAAUAGUUAUUAAUAAUAAUAACAAUAAUACAGUUCAGUGUGUCAUGCCCUUCAGAUGACAGUUACUCUAUAAAUUCACUUUUGUGGUGUCAUACAACAGCACUGUUCUUAUCCUGAAACCAAUUAAAUACUU